AUGUGUAUUCCUAUCAUCAAACCUGUUUCUCCUCCUACACAUAAGAGCAAACACCUAGUCAAAGCUUUUACUCCAUCAAAAUCCUUGAAAACUAGUCAAACUUCCUCUAUUUCAAUUCCAUCCCCUGACAGAAUCCCAAUAUCAACUCCUCUACCCAUAUAUGUUGAAUCACCAAAACUUCUUACAUCUCCACCACCUGAAAAUCAAACUGUGAAAAGUCCUCCUUUAACUAAAAUAGAUCCACUAUGUGCUAUAAGCCCAAUGGCUGAGGAUAUCUCUUAUGAUGAGGCAACAAUCUCUCAACGAUCAUUCCUACAUCGUCUUGCCUUGAGAAUAUAUUUGCUGAAUUAA